CGGCCCGGACCCCAGCUCUCUGGCCCCGGGGAGCGUUGUCACCCCGCCCCGAUCGCGGCCCGGCCCCCCGGCCCCCGGCCCCGGCCGCGCCGUCGGCCAAUGAAUGAGUCGCCGCGGCAGCUGGCCCUGGGGCCGGGGGCCGAGUGGAGGCCCCGCCCCCGGCAGCCCCUCGGAAGGAGGAUGGGAGGGGGCGCUGGGCGGCCCCGCCCCCGCCGCGCCCCGCCCCCCGCUCGCCAGGUCAUGGCUGCGCUGGGCCGCGGCCCGCCGCCCGCCUGGUAGGGCUCCCCCAGGCCAGAGGCCAGAGGCCAGGACCGGCUGGUGUCCCUGGCGGCGUCCGGGGCGGGCGGGCUGGCCCUUGUCCCGCCGGCCCCGAGUCUGUCCUGGGAAGGAUCUCUGUCCCAUGGUGACAGCUCCAAAGCCUGGGGCAGCAAGGGCCGCCUGGGCAGAAUGUCACCAUGGACGAGGGGGGCAUGCCCCUGCUCCCGGACAGCCUCGUUUACCAGAUCUUCCUGAACUUGGGCCCGGCUGACGUGCUGGCCGCCGGGCUGGUGUGCCGCCAAUGGCAGGCCGUGGCCCGGGAUGAGUUCCUGUGGAGGGAGCAGUUCUACCGCUACUACCAGGUGGCCCGAGACGUGCCGCGACACCCAGCGGCUGUGUCUUGGUACGAGGAGUUUCGGCGGCUCUACGACACCGUGCCCUGCGUGGAGGUGCAGACUCUCAAGGAGCACACAGACCAGGUCCUGCACCUCAGCUUCUCUCACUCGGGCUACCAGUUUGCUUCCUGCUCCAAGGACUGCACCGUGAAGAUCUGGAACAACGACCUGACCGUCUCGCUGCUGCACAGCGCGGACAUGCGGCCCUACAACUGGAGCUACACCCAGUUUUCCCAGUUCAACCAGGACGACUCGCUGCUGCUGGCGUCGGGGGUGUUCUUGGGGCCCCACAACUCCUCCUCCGGGGAGAUCGCAGUCAUCAGCCUAGACACCUUCGCCCUGCUGUCCCGUGUGCGCAACAAGCCCUACGACGUGUUCGGCUGCUGGCUCACGGACACCAGCUUGAUCUCGGGGAACCUGCACCGCAUCGGGGACAUCACGUCGUGCUCGGUGCUCUGGCUCAACAACGCCUUCCAGGACGUGGAGUCUGAGAACGUGAACGUGGUGAAGCGGCUCUUCAAGAUCCAGAACCUCAACGCCAGCACCGUCCGCACCGUCAUGGUGGCCGACUGCAGCCGCUUCGACAGCCCGGACCUCCUGCUGGACGCCGGCACCCCUGGCGCAGACCCCAGCCGCGUCUUCGACCUGGGCAGCGACGGCGAGGACGAGGAGGCCGGCCCGGGCCCGGGCCGCGCCAAGGGCUUGCGGCGCCUCCUGGGCGGCCUCCUGGAGGGCCGGGCCCAGCCCCAGCUGUCCGCGCGCGCGCUGGAGACCAAGGCGGCUCAGCUGCUGGCCCAGGGCCGCACCAGGCCGCCCGAGUGCAGCGCCGCCGCCGCCGAGAGCAAGCUCCUCAUCGUCACCACGGGCUGCCUCACCUACUCGCCGCACCAGAUCGGCGUCAAGCAGAUCUUGCCGCACCAGAUGACCACGGCGGGGCCCGUGCUGGGCGAGGGCCGGGGCUCCGAUGCCUUCUUUGACGCGCUCGACCACGUCAUCGACGUGCACGGACACAUCAUCGGCAUGGGCCUGUCCCCCGACAACAGGUAUCUGUACGUGAACAGCCGCGCCUGGCCCAGCGGCUCGGUGGUGGCCGACCCCAUGCAGCCGCCGCCGAUCGCGGAGGAGAUCGACCUGCUGGUGUUCGACCUCAAGACCAUGCGGGAGGUGAAACGGGCCCUGCGCGCCCACCGCGCCUACACGCCCAACGACGAGUGCUUCUUCAUCUUCCUGGACGUCAGCAGGGACUUCGUGGCCAGUGGCGCGGAGGACCGGCACGGCUACGUCUGGGACCGCCAUUACAACAUCUGCCUGGCCAAACUGCGGCACCAGGAUGUGGUCAACUCCGUGGUCUUCAGCCCCCAGGAGCAGGAGCUCCUCCUGACGGCCAGCGACGACGCCACCAUCAAAGCGUGGCGUUCGCCGCGCACCGUGCGUGUCCACCAGGCCCCACGCCCGCGCCCGCGCCCCUUCUCCUGGUUUGCCAGCCAGAGGCGCUGAGGGGCACUGGGGCCCACCGAGGAUGCCACGGAGGCCGUGGCCCUUCCCCGGGGGCUGAGCCGCUGCCCAGAUGGCACAGGAGCAGAGACGCUCGCGGCAGUCAUGCCUUAGGAAGCGGGUCCCGCGGGUCCGCAGGGCGGGGCCGGCCUAGCCCCCACCACGCCCGCACACGCGCACCGCCUCCCACAGCUGUGUUGUUUGGCACCGGCAGCCGGGGCCAUCUCUGGCUGCCUUGGGGCGCAGGACACUGGGCCCUUACUCUUCACCCACCCCAUUCCCCUGGGCCUGGACCCCGGGACAGUCGGCACGACACGCUCCCCUCGGCCAGCGUUGCCCAGGGAGCCCGGGCUUCCUCCUCUGGGAGCUGCCCAGCAUCAGGGUCGUGAUGCGGGUCAGGCUGCCGUGGGCCUGGGGGACUUGCAUGUCACUGAUCACCUGUUCAGGGUCAGAAUAAACAGUUGGCAACAA